GCGGCGUUGUGCUCGCCAACCUGCCCGGUCGCUCCACCUCCCACAGGGCGACUCUCGCCCCAUGGUUCCACAGCCACAGGCAGCGCUUCUGCUGUUGACGGUAUGGGCUGCUGGCUCCCUGGAUAUAUAGCUGUCGGAUUGUCUCCUGCCCGCCCCUGCUCCACACCCAGCCAGCCCCUCGCUUGGCCUGCAACCAUGUCGGCCGUCCCAACACUCAACCCUGCUAACGUGCAAUGGCUCCUCUACCACGAGAAUAAUACGUUUACGCCGGACUGCGUUCCUCAAAACAUCGGCGACGCCCAGUUCGGUCAAAGUCUAUCCGACGCCUUGGUCGCUACCAACCGCUGCUACUGCUUCUCCAACCCUCCCAGUUGCACGUUCUAUUCCCUGUCCGGGGACACUGUGAACCGUGUCCAGUGCGAUCUCGACGGAGUCUGUGCCUCGAACUGCAAAGUUACAAAUUCGACUGCAACCAGUGCAUUCGAUCACUGCGCAUCCGGAAUCACUGGCCUCUUUACCUCACAGGAUUACACAGCAUCGCCGUUCUGGAACAGCAGCUUCCAGACCACAUACAAGAUGUAUUUCAUAUAUGCAGCCAAUGACCCCUCCUGUCAAACCCCAAGAGAGGUCAUGCGAUACCCGAUCUACCCGAGCUGCACCAAAGUCGCUGACCGCUACAUGAUCAGCAUCCGGCCCUCCGGAACAGACUCCGUCGAGCAGUACGUCUGCCGCGACCCCCAAUGCACAUCAUGCCAUUACUUUACAUACUAUACUCUGUCGAACACCACUUCUUCCCCAACGGCUAUCGGCGGCACCAACAUGACAGUCUACGGCAAGGGCUUUACUCUGAGCGAUUCUUCGCUGACGCUGUACAGCAAGUUUCCCAAUGGCUCCGAUCCCUUACCUUUGCCUACUUUGCCAAUUUCGCCAAUUUCGCCAAUUUCUCCUACUUCGAGCCCCAGUCAAACGGACUCGGGAAGUAGCUCGCUUAUCGCCGGGAUUGUAGGGGGCAUCGCAGGUGUGCUCGUGGCCGCCACCAUCGGCGUCGUUGUGUGGCUGCGCUGGAGAUCAAAGCAAGCCAAGUCUCCAUCUGGUCUUUUGCCGCCUCCCCCAGAAACAUACACCUAUGACGCCGCCCCCGGUCUGGCUCCGGCCCUGGUCCUGACUCCUCCUGCCCCAGUGGCCCGCGAUCUCCCUUCCAAGCUCGCGGCGGAUGAAACCAGAUACACACCCGAGUCCCCGAUCUACCCAGCCGCUGCCCCAGCGUAUCCACCGGCCCUCAGCGACCGCACUCCGUCGGGCUCGGACCAUACGCCUCAUACAGGAACUGAUAUACCGUCCUACCAAACUCACUAUUCCCAACAGGCCAGCCCCCUGCCGUCAAAGUCGAACUACUUUGGUUUCGCCUCGUCCACAUCGCAUAUUCCCAUGCAGACUCUGUCUAGCUCCACGGGCUCAGCUCCUUCGACGCCUCAUAUCUCGGAUCCUGGGCAGGUCCAUCAGCUUCCAGGCCCCGGUUCAAGUCGCCAAGACCUCGUCACCCCGCUGCCGGACGACAGCAAGGAUACUCUUGCCAUGUACCGUGCCCGCGACCCAGUCUCUGGCGAGCUGUACCCAACCGAGCCUCCGGAAUAUGAUAGCCUGACAGUAUCGGGUGGCUACCCAAGCCCCAUCCACAUGCGCCAGAGAUAUGUCGCCAUCCGAUCCCAUGUUGCAAACAGCCCACUGCAGCUAUCGUACAAUAGCGGUGAUGUUGUUCUUCUGUUGAGGCCGUUCCAGGAUGGAUAUACC